GGCUCUGUAUACUACGGCAUAAUCUGGGGCUAUCUAACCUCGGCAAUUCUCACCUGUCCAAGGACCCCAUCCAUUAUUUUCCCCAAAACUACGAGCGACAACCAUGAUCGGUUUGCUCUAGAUUCAUGAAAUAUUGAAACCAGAUCUCUGGGAGCUUUACACAUUCAACUAUUACAAUUUACUUAUCAAGGACAGUCCCCUCACAGUGAACCCAUCAUGGCAGACAAUCAACAGCCAUUAGGCCUACUCUUUGAUAUCGGAGGCGUGUGUGUUGUGUCACCGUUCCAAGCGAUCCUGGAUUACGAAAUUGCCAACAAAAUUCCCACCGGAUGGGUAAACUUCAGCAUUUCACGCACCUCGCCCAACGGCAGCUGGCACCGACUAGAGCGCGGCGAAAUCAAACUGGACGCCAACUUCUUCACGGCGUUCAAUUCAGACCUCAAGAGCCCAGAGCUGUGGCGGAGGUUCCAUGAAACCCGCCAAAAGGAGCCGGCGGGCGACGCCUCGGUCCUCCCUCCCUUGCCGGAAUUAGAUGCAGAAUGGCUCUUCUGGGAAAUGAUGCGGAUAUCCCGCGAGCCGGAUCCUUAUAUGUUUCCCGCGCUGCGGAAAUUGAAGGAAUCGGGCAAAUUCAUUCUCGGCGCUCUGUCUAACACGAUUCGGUUCCCUGAUGGUCAUCCGUAUAAUAACGAUAGCGCCAACAUCAGGGCGCCGUUCGACUUUUUUAUUUCAUCGGCCCAUACAGGACUCAGGAAACCCGAUCCCCAGAUCUACGAGGCUGCGGUGAACGAGAUGGAUGCGAUGGCGAAGAAAAGGGGAAUGGAGGGCGCCAAGGCAUCUGACAUUGUGUUCUUCGACGACAUAGGGGAAAACUUAAAGGGAGCAAAGAAGGCCGGGAUGAGAACGGUCAAGGUCAACCUUGGGAAGACGCAAGAUGCAGUCAGGGAGCUCGAGAAAAUCACUGGGCUUCAACUUUUGGAGACUCAGGACAGGGCUAAACUAUGAGGGACUAAAUCGACCACUUGGUGGCCCUACAUGGACCUACUAUGCGACAUACACACCAUAAACCGGACAUGCUGGAUAUUUAUCAAGAUUUGGGGGGUUGGAGUAUACUUUCAUGCAUAAAAUGCGGUUCCCGUUUGGCUCUCGAAUGAUAAGACCAACCUCGCAAUAGAAACAAUGCACACUAAUUGAGUGGAUCUUGUCUGUACGAUGCUCAACCCC